CCCGCCUGCCCACCUCUCCUUGAUUCCGAUUGGCCGCGGCCCGCCCCGCCCCGCCACGUGACCUCCCGUCAUGCCCCGCAAGCGGCCGUUCAGCGCCAAGCGGAAGAAGCAGCAGCUCCGCGACCGGCGCGAACGGAAACGGGGCGAUGCCCCGACAGCACCGGACUCGGGCCCAGGCAGCCGCAGCGGCAGCCGGGAGCGGGGCAGCAGCGAUGCGGCCCCCGGGGAAACGAGUGAAGGGGUUCCCCCACCCCGCCGCCACGAUCCCGGGAGGUUCCGGCUGCAGCUGGGGGGGCCGCGGGCCGAGGCCUUGGCGCGACGCCGGCGGCGGGCACAGGAGGAAGUGCUGGAGCUGCUGCCCGAGUCCGCCCUGGAGCUGGACCCGGACACCCUCUACGGCCCCGGGCUGGACUUCCCACGCCGGCCACCCUGGAGCUUUGCCAUGAGCCCGGAGGAACUGCGGGUGCGGGAGGAGGCGGCGUUCAGCACCUUCCUUCGAGCCCUGCAGGAUGGGCAGCGCCCCGGGGAGAGUGAGGACGAUGGUGGAGGGGCCGUGGCCCCCUUCGAGCACAACCUGGAGACAUGGCGGCAGCUGUGGCGGGUGCUGGAGAUGUCCGACAUCAUCCUCCUCAUCACUGACGCCCGGCACCCCGUGCUGAAUGUGCCACCAGCACUGGCUGCCCACGUGACACGGGAGCUGGGGAAGGGCCUGAUCCUCAUCCUCAACAAAGUGGACCUCACCUCCCCUGCCGUAGCCACUGCCUGGAGCCACCUCCUGCGCCGCCGCUUCCCCAACGCCCGUGUCGUCCCCUUCACCUCUGCCCCGCGCCGCAGCCCCGUGCCUGGGCUGCAGCGGCGGCAAAGGCGGGGGGGUGGAUGGAGCCGGGCUGUGGGACCCUGGCAGCUGCUGGAGGCCUGCGAGAGCAUCGUGGGGGGAGAAGUGGAUCUGAGCAGCUGGCGAGCACGGCUGGAGCGGGCGGAGGAGGCGGCAGCGCGCGGGGAGGAGGAGGAGGAAGAGCAUGAGGAGGAGGGUGAUGAUGGUGGCAGGGAUGAAGACGGGGAUGGCGCAGGGGCCACCCCCCGGCAGUGGGAGCGCUACCGGCAUGGCAUCCUCACCCUGGGCUGUGUUGGCCUCCCGAAUGCUGGCAAGUCCUCGGUGCUGAACGCUCUGGUGGGCCGCAGCGCCGUCAGCGUCUCCCGUACCCCCGGCCGCACCCGCUACUUCCAGACCCAUUUCCUCACCCCCCGCGUCCGCCUCUGCGACUGUCCUGGCCUCGUCUUCCCCUCCCAUGCCCCCCCAGCUCUCCAGGUGCUAGCAGGCGUCUACCCCAUCUCGCAGCUGCAGGAGCCCUACUCAGCCGUGGGCUUCCUGGCCACCCGCCUCCCUCUCCCCACCCUCCUCCAGCUCCGGCCCCCUGCCUCCACCGCUGGCUGGACCGCCUGGGACAUCUGCGAAGCGUGGGCAGAGAAACGAGGGUACAAGACAGCGAAGGCGGCUCGGAAUGAUGUCUACCGGGCGGCCAACAGCAUCCUGCGACUGGCGGCUGAUGGGAGGCUCCGCCUCUGUCUCCGCCCCCCCGGAUACUUUGCCCAGAAGGAUCUGUGGGAGCAGCACCCUGAGACGGCGGCGCUGGCGGCACUGCAGGAGCAGGGGGACCCAGGCAUCCGGGGCUCCGCCGCCCCCGGGGAGGGGUCGACCUCGGAGGAGGAGGAGGAGGAGGAGGGUGACAGCGAGGAGGAGGUGGAGCCUGGGGAGGCCACACUCCCCGCCAGCACCGCCCCCAAUCCCUUCGCUCUGCUGGGAGAGGAUGAGUGUUAGCCCUGCCCCUUACAGGGGG